AUGGGGAAGCCGUUCCAAAGGAUUCAUGCCUCUAUAGCAGGCAAGUUUGAAGAUGGCGUCGGCGAAAAGAUCCCACAAUGGAUUCGGGCAAACGGAGGGCAGUUCUCGAGAGACGUGAACUCGCGAGUUACCCAUCUCAUUGCCACAAAGGAGGCGUUCAAAAACAAUACAGUUUCAGUGGAGACUGCUAAGAAGAUUAGCACGGUCAAUAUCGUUUCAUACGAUUGGCUUGAAGACUCGCUCCUGUCAUCCACCCGCCGGCCAAAGCCCGAAGGGCCAUAUCUUCUGAAAAAUCUGAUGAAGCCUGAGAAGAAGGAAAUCCAGAAGAAGGCCACGCCGAAGUCCUCAAAGGUGGUCAAGGAGGUCAAAAAACGUCGGAUAGCUGAUCCUUUCCUCGGCCCAAAGGGCAAAAGCAAGUCCGUGCGUCGGGUGUACCAGGACAGAAAGACCAAUGUGGUUUACAGCACCACAUUAUUCCGUCCAUCGAAACCACCAGUCACUAGCAGAGAAAAGUACCAAUUGACUCUUUUCGAAUCCAUCACCGAACCACGCACCUACUCGACCUACACCAAGUUCAGCCGCGUUGGCACAUCCAAUGUCGAGCUUCUGGUGGGCCCAAGAUGCAAGCUGGAGCUUGCCAUGGACAAAUUCAAGCAGUUCUUUAAAGCACAGACUGGCAAGGAAUGGGACGAAAGAGCAAGCGGAAAGAUGCCACCCCCAAAGGCAGAACCGGAUGGAAAACGUUUGCCUGUUCACGAGGGGUGGUUCUAUCUCGAGGAAAAGACGACCAUUCUUGGUGCAUUCCUCAGGGAACCCCAGAUCACAAGUUCUCGAGGGUCAAAUGGCGAAUACGACCGCACCGCAGAGGACAAUAUCGAGGACAAGACGGCAAAUCAUCAUGUUAAAGAUGGGGGUGAAGACCGACCCGAGGCGGAUGACGAUAUCAAAGAGGACGGCAUCGAGGAUAAGAUGGCAAAUCAUCACGUUGAAGAUGGGGGCGAAGGUGGACCUGAAGCUGAUAAUAAGGAUGAUGAAAUGGAUAGCUAG